UCGCGGUCACACUGGCCGCUUGUUCUUAAAAGUAUUAAAGUUUCCAGUUAAAUUUAAGCACAAAAAGUCUCGUUGCAGCGCAAUCGAGUAUAAAUUCUGUUCAAAAUUGUGUUACGAAGGGCCUUUGCAAGAUGAAAAUCAAGGAACUGCAGAAGACGGUGAACAUUGCCUGGUCGCCGGCACAGCAGCAACAAAUUCUCCUCGCCGCCGGUACCGCCGCCCAACAAUUCGAUUCCAAUGCGAAUUCCACUUUGGAGUUGUACUCCCCGAACUUCAGCGAUGCCACUUACGAUCUGGAGCUUAAAGCCAGCGUAGCCAGCCAGUACAAGUUCCAAAAACUGAUCUGGAGCCCCGUAGGUCCACAUCCCAGUGGCCUGAUAGUGGGCGGCUGCGAGGCAGGACAGAUCAACAUAUACUCAGCCGACAAGCUCCUCGCAGGCAAGGAGGAGCCGCUGCUGAAACGCCAAGACAAGCAUACGGGCGCUGUAAGCGGGCUAGACUUUAAUCCGUUCCAAAACAACUUGUUAGCCUCUUGCGCCUCAGAGUCUGAAAUCCUUAUAUGGGACCUCAACAACCCGGAAACGAGCAUGAGCCCCGGUGCCAAGACCCAGCCGUUAGAAGACGUGAAGAACGUGGCCUGGAACCGACAAGUGCAGCACAUUCUAGCCUCCGUCUUCAGCACACGAUGCGUAAUCUGGGAUCUGCGCAAAAGCCAACAAAUCAUCAAGCUCUCAGACUCGCAGUCGCGUGUUCGGUGGCACGCCAUCGAGUGGCAUCCAGAAGCGGCGACACAGGUCUGGCUUGCCUCCGAAGACGAUCAGGCGCCUGUGGUGCAGCUGUGGGAUUUGCGAUAUGCAACGGCUCCAGCGAAAACAUAUCAGAUUCACGAGCGAGGAGUGUUGGGAAUGUCGUGGUGCCUACAAGACAACGAUCUAAUGGUUUCGUGUGGUAAAGACAACCGAAUUUAUUGCUGGAACCCCAAUACCAAGAUUCCCGAAGGAGAAAUCCUGUCUGAAGUUGCGACCACGGCUUCCUGGUACUCUGAUGUUCAGUUCUGCCCACGGAAUCCGGCUCUGAUUGCCAGUGCCAGUUUGGAGGGAGCUGUGUCUAUUUACUCUCUACAUGGAGGUACUCAUCAUCUUGUGCAAACCGCUAACAAGAUUGCUGACUCUUUUCCGGGUAUGGAUCAGUUCGCCCAAGAGCCUAUUCCCCAGCAGGCCACACAAGUGGUUUACCACGACCUGGCACAUGCUCCAAAAUGGAUGAAGCGACCCUGUGGCGUUGCCUUUGGUUUCGGUGGCAAGUUAGUUAGUUUUGAUGGAACAUCGAAAACUGUUAAGGUUAAGCAGCUGACCACCGAAUCCGCUCUUGUGGAGCGGGCUAAUGCCUUGGAACGUUCUCUGGUCGAUGCCAACUACUCGGAAUACUGCCGGCAGAGGGCCGACGAGACACCGGACCAGCAUGGGCGUUAUGUCUGGUACUUUAUCAAGGCGAACUUUGAGCUUAAUCCCAAAGAGGAAAUGCUUAAUCUCUUGGGCUAUAACAAAGACGACAUCGAUAGUAAGUUCAACAAGUUUAUCAAGGAAACCGAUGGAAACUCGCAAUCGGAUGUGGAUACGCUCACGACCCGCAUCUCGACACUGACCCAUAGCGAUUCUUCGGAGGUUGAGUGCGAUCAGAGUACAAAUUAUAGCACCGAUAAUUCGCAAACACAAGAUAACAAGUUCGAUGGAAGUGCAAUCGACUCACAAAAUCACAACGACUUUGCCACUCCUCCGAGGCCGCAAUUCAAGGUUCCAAGCGGAGAUCACUCGGAUAGCUUGAUUGCCGAAGCAAUACUCACCGGCAAUGUAGAGGCUGCGGUCGAACUUUGCCUGGAAGCCCAGCGCAUUCCGGAAGCCCUGAUUAUCGCCUCGACGGCUGGCAUUGAAACCCUGACCCGCACUCAAACCCGGUAUUUGCUGCAACAGAAAAACGAACUCUCGCACGUGAUCUCCGCCUUAGUAUCCCGUGACUGGCUGGACUUCGUCAACCGAUGCACUGUGGACUCGUGGAAGGAGGCCCUGGUGGCCGCCCUAAAGCACAGCGAGCGCAAAGUUGUGGACAUCUGUGAGCGUCUAGGCGAUCGUCUAUUGAGUGAAUGCGCAUCUAGCGCGGAGUUCACACGCAAUGCUAUGCUUUGCUACAUAUGCGCCGGCAGCAUCGACAAACUGGUUACCGCCUGGUACCAGUUGAAGCGACUGGAACAACAGAAUUUCGCUUACAAGCCCAACACCACAGAGCUGCAGGAUCUGGCGGAGGUGGUGAUGCUGAUGUGCAAGUCUCUGGAGCAGCAAGGCAUUUCCGUGGAUCUUGCAGGUCGCUUUGCCGGCUUUUUGACUGAAUAUGGCGGUCUUCUUGCCUCCCAAGGUGCUCUCACUGCAGCUUUGCAGUACAUUACCACUUUGGGUGGCAGCAGUGCCAACGAUAACGAUGUGCUGCAAAGCUUGAAAGAUCGGAUCAACAAUGCUGUUAACCUAGAUUACUCCCAGCCACAGGCACCCGUGGCUCCUGCUCCACUUGGCUACCAACAGCAGCGAGGUCGGGGAUCUUUCUCGCAGCCGCAGCCCUCGGUUCCCCUGCCGUACGGCCAGCCACCAAACCAGUAUGCCCAGCCAAGCUGGCCUGCACCAGUGCCUCCAUUACAGACCGCCUAUCCAGGAGUUCAGCAGCAACAACCGCCGCCGCAAAUAUUUAAUCCGCAACCCAUCAAGCCAGAGCCUUUGGCUCAGCCACCACGACCACUAAGUAACGCCAGUUCCUCGGGUGGCCCUCCACCAGCCGCAGGAGCACCAUCAACUGGAGGAUCUGGUCUUUCUGGGCGCUCCAAAUACGUACUGGAUCCAUCUGUGGCAGCUCCAACCAGUUCCUACGGCAUGCCAUACAAUCCAGUACCUGCCCCGGUUCCAUCUGCCGUUCCCUUUGGUGGCGGAGUAGUUCCUGGGCCUGUUCCCCAGCCCGCGAGCGUACCAACUUACAACAGCAACGCAUUCAAUACGAAUCCAAUUGCGUCUGCCCAACCAUAUAACCCUUCGCCAUUCUUGGGAGCUCAGCAAAAUCAGUUCCUGCCCGGUGUAAACCCUAUUGAGACUUUGCCGCCACAAGCUGCGCCCCCGAUCAUCCAAAAUGUGCAACGCAAUCCCACACCACCGCCCGGCUGGAAUGAUCCCCCUGCAUUAAAAUCAUCGCGGGCGCCAAAGCCUAAGCCAGUGGUUGAGCCAAGUGCAGCCAUCUUUCACCCACUGUUCCCGGUCGAUCCCAAUCAAAAUCAAAACGGUUACGUGGAUCCCGCUCAAUAUCAGAAUGCACCACCUGGAGGAGUGCCUAAUGCGUACUAUAACCCAGCUGCCUUCAACAACAAUCCCCAGCAACAGCAGCCUCAGCAAUCGUACCUUCAGCCUCAGCAACAGCAGCUAAACUUACCAUCGGGAAUUCCAAAUCAGGGAGCACCCCAGCAGCAGAACUGGCAAGGACAGCAGCAGACAAUUGGAUAUACCGAGCAGCCAGCUCCUAUCCAGCAGCAGCGACAGCCAGAGCCUCCAAAGGAGAAGCCCCCACUUCCCGAGGAGUACAUUUACUUGCAGACGGUGCUGGAGGAGCUGAAGAACCGUUGCCUGGGCGCAACGAACGAUCCGCGAACAAAACGAAAGUUUGUUGAUGUUGUAAAGAGACUGGAAAAUCUCUACGACUGCUUAAGAGAUGGAAAGUUAACUCCAACAACGGUGCAAUAUCUUAAUCAAAUAAUACAGUACAUUCAAAUAUCCGACUAUGCCAAUGCACUGGAAAUCCACACGCGCAUUGCCUUCGGAACAGACUUUGCGCAGUGUGCUGGAUUCAUGCAGGGACUGAAGGUUCUUCUGCAAUCCGCUUCCGAGCUGCAGUUGGUCCUGCGCUAGAGCUUCUAUUUUGGACAGUUCUAAAGCCAAGCUCACUAAACUUAUAUACUUAUUGUGUCUUUAAAUAUGAAUGUCUAUUGUGUUUUUUAAGCAAAA